AUGGGUCUGUGGAGCCCGCGCCUGGGGCCACGGUCAGCGCCACGGAGGCGUCCGGAGAGGUCGGUGCGGCAGGCGAUGAUGGAGCUGACCAACCAACGAGGGCGGACAUGUGGAACGACCUGCCUUCUAACAACUGCCACCAAUGAUACCAGCACUGAGCUCAGUAUCUGCCGCACGCAGAAAGGCCAUGAUGUGUCCUGUCAAAACCGAAAUCUGACUGAGGUGCCUGAUCUUUCACUGCCGGCUAUUAGAAAGCUAGAUUUAUCGCAUAAUUCUAUCGGAGCAUUGACAGAGGAAUCACUGCUGACCCUUGGUUCACUGCGGCAUCUGGAUGUCAGCAACAACCAGCUGAAGACCAUAACAUCAGGCGCUCUGGGACAUCUGAGUAAACUAAGAGAGCUCAAUUUGUCAAACAACCUCCUGACCAGAAACUUUUCAUCAGGGAGCGGAGCGUUCAGCCUGUUAUACAAACUGAAAGUAUUACAUCUGUCGGACAAUUACUGGGACAGCGACACUGUUGCUCAGCAACUGAAGAACCUGUCUUCACUGGAGGAAUUGCAUCUGUCUGGUAACUUGCUGAUGAAGCUGACAGCCGACACGCUUUGUGGAAUGCAGUCUUUAAAACACGUCGCUCUUGAAAGAAAUUAUAUCACAGAAAUAUCAGCGGGCACCUUUGAAUGUUUGGCGCACUUGGAUGAAUUGAAUUUAGCCAUGAAUUCCCUUUCCUGCAUUUCUGAUUUCCAUCUUUCUAAACUUAAGGUAUUGAACAUAAGCAGAAAUGGUAUUGAAUUCUUCAUGACAAACGUGAGUGAUGACGAGUACCAGCUUCGGGAGCUUGAUCUGAGUCACAACAGAUUGUUUCAUUUUCCUCUCCUUCCGAAACUGCAUCACAUUGAACGUCUGAAUUUGUCUGGCAAUUUCUUGAUCAGUGUAGCAGCCGAGCCAUUGAAGAACGCCAGUGAAUGGGAAAUCAGAAACAGAUAUGACGAAAUGAAGGCGGUAAAUAAGAUACACAAUGACAAUGCCCACUCAACUUUAUCUGAAGUAAUAUUUUUGGAUUUAAGCAACAAUGCAUUGAUAGAUAUUUCACAUGACUUUCUUAAUAAAUUCAGUUCACUUCGACACCUGAAUCUCAGUGGAAACUGUUUUCAGAAUUUUAGUAUUGAAGAUGAGGAUGAAUUCAAUUUGCUGUUAUCUCUGGAUCUGAGUGACAAUGAAUUGAGCAACAUAUCUCUUGCAGUGGAUAACCUUAAAUUUCUCCAAUCAUUAAAGUUCUUGUACCUUCAAAACAAUUCCAUUCAGCUGUUACCCUCCCGACUAUUUGAACUUUUACCGAGAAUAGAAAGAGUAAAUCUUGCCAACAACAAUGUAAGACUUUGUAAUAUGGGAAAUACAACUAGAGGCAUUCGCAAGAUUGGAACCAGCUGUGUGUCAUUUUCUGGAAUCCCCACCCUUAAGCACCUCAAGCUGGAUGGAAAUAACAUUACACACCUGGGCCCACUCUCAUUCUAUCACACUCCUUUGACAUAUUUGGAUCUUUCAAGAAAUCAAUACCUCGAUGUACCUGGUCAGGCUUUGAAAGGUUUAGAACACUCCUUGAAAUUCCUUUCUUUAAGGUGGAAUUUGAUCCAAACCUCGAAGGUGACUUUGACCUGUCUGAAUCAUCUCAGAGACCUAGACCUAUCGUACAAUCAGUUGGACAUGUUACCUCUGGAUGUUGGAUGUGCUCCGCUGAAAAGCCUUGAUAUCCGAGGCAACAAUCUUCAGUUUCUGCAAGACAAGGUCAUUAAAAAUGUGUCUCAAACUCUUGAAACACUGUACCUGAGUGGAAAUGUCUUCAACUGUUGCGCACUGACCUGGCUGGAAUUAUUAAAUGGUACUCAGGUUGAAAUACCUGAUGUGGCAAAUGCUCGUUGUUUUUACCCGAGUGGGAAUAAUUCUUCAACAGUCACGUUGUUGCACGAUUACAUGGGAGAAUGUGCGAAUGAAAGCAUCACAAAACCCAAUCCACUUCUGCUUAUAAUAUCUGCACUGGCCACUCUGCUGGUCAUUGGAUCUGUGAUAAUAUUAGUGGUUAGAGAGUGUUGUAGGCUGUGUCUGCCCACAGAGGUGGAGAGUUCGGAGGCAGACACAGCUCCAGUUAAACUAAACAACGAACACCCGAAAGAAGGGAUAUCUCUGAGUGUCAUCAAAAUAGACACAAAAUGAUGUAAUGGCCUGUUGAACUCUGCCAAGAAUAAUACACAGAAUCCAACGUUAUGUUAUGAAGAUUUGGGCUUUGACUGGAGAAGUAAAUCGGAAGUUGGAUACAAUGUCAAGUGAAGAUUAGUAUGGGUCUUGCAACAGAACUGUCUUCAGUGUCAAGAACCAAGAGGCUUUGACAACACACAAGCUUUACUGCUUUGACAUUGGGUAAUAUUCUCAUGCGAUAAACAAUUCAGCUUCACUGAAAAUUAUUUACUGGAAUUUGCCCCAAAUCUGCAAUUUUAUUUCAAAGUCCUCGGUCCAUCAUUCAUGUCAACGACUAGAGGUGUUUUGAAGUGGAACCCAAUAACAGGCGUGGUUUUCCCUACACAUACAUCUGUGACAGUGUGUACAACCUUCAGGCAUAAGUUGUUGUUUAGUGUUUGUAAGGUCUGCUUUGUUACUAUAAAUAGACCUGGCCUAAACAGGAUAUCCUGGAAACCAACUUCAAGUAGGUCUCUGUAAAAUACUUAUCAAACGGCCAAUGGUGUUUACCGAAGUCUCGGACAUGGCCUUUAAUAAUGCACGCUGGCAAUGUCCCUGAGUUUGAGGCUUGGUCUGUGUUGUUACCCAGUCAAAACUGGGCUGGGAAAUGGAAAUCGUCAUAGUCUCCAUGAGAUUUAGAAGGGGAGGGUCUAAGUUGGCUCCUGUAUUAAUUCAUAUCCUAAUGUUGAAGUUGGGCCUUCUUGUACCUCAGUGUAAUCACCUACCAGGCUCACUGUCUGGGCUCCCAAAGGAAUAUAGAUGGAAUGGGCCAUUCCAACGCUAACCUGUCCCCAUUCAAUUAGCGCAUGGUUGAACGGUGGCCUUUACCACAUUGGUAUUCUUGAUGCUCUCUGCAAACAAAAGUCUGUCUCUUGGAAUUGGUGUUCAAUCCACAUAUUUUGGUGCAGGGGUUGCAUAUUUCCAUUGUCUUGGUGUUAUUAAAUGCUUCCUGAUUCUACUUCCAUACUGCUGAGGUUGUCCACCAUAUAACCAUAUAACCAUAUAACCAUAUAACCAUAUAACAAUUACAGCACGGAAACAGGCCAUCUCGGCCCUACAAGUCCGUGCUGAACAACUUUUUUCCCUUAGUCCCACCUGCCUGCACUCAUACCAUAACCCUCCAUUCCCUUCUCAUCCAUAUGCCUAUCCAAUUUAUUUUUAAAUGAUACCAACGAACCUGCCUCCACCACUUCCACUGGAAGCUCGUUCCACACCGCUACCACUCUCUGAGUAAAGAAGUUCCCCCUCAUGUUACCCCGAAACUUCUGUCCUUUAAUUCUGAAGUCAUGUCCUCUUGUCUAAGAAGUAUGUAAAUAGUUUAAUGCAGCAAAAUCAAACUUACCCCAAUGACAAGGAGAACCUGUGUGCAGGUUGGAUGGAGUAUUCAAUUUGUUAAUAUGAAGAUGUUUAAGUAGCUAUUGCUAAUCUCUGUAUUCUUGUUAACUUGGGCUGUUGAAGUUCACUGUUAAAUUCUCACCAAUGAUUUCUCAGGAUCUCCAAUUGAAAUUGCUUUGCUGCAGUGAAAACUAAAAAAAUUCAACCAUGUAUAUUUCAUCUGAAAGGGAAACACUAUCCGCGUCACUACUAAAUUGAACAUAUACUAUAUGUGAAUUUAUAUUUAUGGAAAUAAAUAUGCAGAAUAUUUUUACAGAAUAUAUUUACAGAAAUCUAUACUUUAAAAAAAAUUAAAACAUAUUUUUUCACUUAAAAUACAUCUGCUUCGCGCACACAAUACGCAGAAAUAAAUAGUUUAAGUGGGAGUGGGUUACUCUCAUUGCUUACUGAAUGCUUUAAGAAAAAAUGUUUGAGACUCAACAGACCUUUAAUGGUUUUAAAUAUUUGUAAAUUCCUGUUAAUAUAUUGUUUAUGAAAUGGUUGAAUACGUCAUGUAUCACUCAGGUGCUAUUUAAUUUAAAAACUGGAAAUUAGUUUUGAUUCAUAUUUUCAGAAAUCGUAGUUUUAUGUUCUUAUGCUUUCUUUCAUGUAUUGAAAUAUCAGAAAUUGCAAUAGUUUAGUGAAUUUGGACCUAUUCUAUGAUGUAUGAUUUGUUUAAGCCUCUAAGUAGGUUGUAUCUUAGUUUUUUUCAGGGUAGCUAAAUGUGGGCAUUUAAUGUUGAGAUGUACAACAGCAUUGCAGCACACAACCAGAUUGUUUUAAGUGUAAGAAAAUGAUUUGGUUUUGGCAUUUCCUGUUGUGUUAAAUACUGAGAAACUCUAAUAGGACAUGACCAGCAUUGUAAACAUUAAACAAUGCAAAUUCAAAAAUUGCUAAGUAUUGGUUUAUUCAGAAAAUCUGAAUGUACCACGUCAGAUUGUGACUUUCUGAUGAAACUAAUGCUUAUUGUUCGUGGAUAGGGAAACAAUCAUCACCAUGAGAUUUCCAAAAUUGAUGAAUAUUUGGCCCAACGUCAUAAAGGCAUUUUUGGCCUUUGGGCAUUGGAAUUGGUCACAUGAUUCCACAGGCCACAAUUGUUUUUGAUUGCCCACCAUGGAAGUGGGCAGCAAGUGAUCUUGGUCGAACUCUGGAGUAGCCACUGUAAAAUUUGUACACACUGAUGAAUGGCCUUCUUGCCGAGAUUCAGCUAUAAAUUAAUGAUGCUCAAAAACUGCAUGCCAGCCAUGGAACUAAGACCUAGUCCCAUACUAUCUUCGGGGAGAAAGGAGAUGAACAUAUUAAAAAUGUUGGCCUGAAAUUGAAAAAUGUACAAAUAGAUUUUCUUUAAAAUUCUCACAACAGAUUAUUUUAAGAGCCAAUUUAAAAACGAAUUCUGUGCUGCCCUCCAUGCCCAUUGUUUGGUUUAAGAUUUUGUAUACAAUAUUUAAAUUAUUUGUAUCUUAACUUAUUUAAUGGGAAAAAAUGUAUUACUGUGAUAAAUCCAAAUAAAAUCUUACUGUUGAUAUUAAAUGUAUUUCAGUUUCUGUUUCUCUCAACAUGUUGCUUGAAACAGGUUAAAAAAAAUCACAAUUGAAUCUUGCAUUCUUUAUGUGUAUACAUUGAAAUCCGUGUACAUAAAUAUGUAAAAUAUAUCAGAUAAUUUAAUAGAAAGUAGAAUUCCAUUUAACUGAAUAAUUGACUUUGGGACAAACGGGAGCUUGCUCUAUGUACAGUGAUGGAUUAACAUUGG